AGCCCCGACCGGCGGCAUGAGGCGCGCCCCGACCCCCGGCCUCUCCGUGCUGCUCAUCGGGGUGUCGCUGGCCUGCUACUCGCCCGGCCUCCGCUCGGUGCAGGACCAGGCGUACCGGGCCCCCGUGGUGGUGGAGGGCCGGGUGCAGGGCCUGGCCCCGCCGGCCGGGCCCAACGCCACCCGGGACCCCGCGCCCGCCAACGGCCGGCUGGCCCUGGUCAAGGUGCUGGACAAGUGGGCGCUCCGGAGCGGCGGCCUGCAGCGGGAGCAGCUCAUCAGCGUCGGCUCCUGCGCCCCGGUGCAGAGGAACCAGCGCUACAUCUUCUUCCUGGAGCCCACCGAACGGCCCCUCGUCUUCAAGACGGCCUUCGCCCCGCUCGACACCAACGCCAAGAACCUCAAGAAGGAGGUGGGCCGCAUCCUCUGCGCCGACUGCGCGGUCCGGCCCAAGCUGAAGAAGAUGAAGAGCCAGAACGUGCAGGUGGGAGACAAGCAGUCGCUCAAGUGCGAGGCCUCCGCCGGCAACCCCCAGCCCUCCUACCGCUGGUUCAAGGACGGGAAGGAGCUCAACAAGACCAGGGACAUCCGGAUCAAAUACGGAAAUGGCAAAAAAAAUUCAAGACUGCAGUUCAAUAAAGUGAAGGUGGAAGAUGCAGGGGAAUACGUCUGUGAGGCGGAGAACAUUCUAGGGAAAGACACUGCAAAAGGGAGACUUAAUGUGAACAGUGUGACCACGACACUCUCCUCCUGGUCUGGGCACGCCAGGAAGUGCAACGAGACGGCCAGGUCCUUCUGCGUGAACGGCGGGGUGUGUUACUACAUCGAGGGCAUCAAUCAGCUUUCCUGCAAAUGCCCGGUUGGAUACACAGGGGACAGGUGCCAACAGUUCGCAAUGGUCAACUUCUCCAAGCACCUCGGAUUUGAGUUGAAGGAGGCCGAGGAGCUGUAUCAGAAGAGGGUCCUCACCAUCACGGGCAUCUGCGUGGCCCUGCUUGUGGUGGGCAUCGUGUGUGUGGUGGCCUACUGUAAGACCAAGAAGCAGCGGAAGCAGAUGCACAACCACCUGCGCCAAAACAUGUGUCCGGCCCACCAGAACCGGAACCUAGCCAACGGACCCAGUCACCCGCGGCUGGACCCUGAGGAGAUCCCCAUGGCAGACUACAUUUCCAAAAACGUCCCGGCCACCGACCACGUCAUCCGGAGGGAGACCGAGACCACGUUUUCCGGGAGUCACUCCUGCUCACCGUCGCACCACUGCUCCACCGCCACGCCCACCUCCAGCCACAGACACGAGAGCCACACGUGGAGCCUGGAUCAGACGGAGAGCGUGACUUCGGACUCCCAAUCGGGCAUCCUCAUGUCCUCCGUGGGGACCAGCAAGUGCAACAGCCCGGCCUGCGUGGAGGCCCGGGCCCGCAGGGAGGCCGCCGCCUCCACCUACUGCAGCGGGGAGGCCAGGAGACCCGCCAUGCAAUACCACGAUUCUGUGGACUCCCUGCGCGACUCCCCGCACAGCGAGAGGUACGUGUCGGCCCUGACGACGCCCGCCCGCCUGUCGCCCGUGGACUUGCACUACUCGCUGGCCCCGCAGGUGCCCACAUUCGAGAUCACGUCCCCCAACUCCGCCCACGCCUUCUCCCUGCCCCCGGCCGCCCCGGGCAGCUUCCGCCUGUCCGAGCACCAGCCCCUGCUGCGCCGCUCGCCGGCCCGGUCCUCGCGGCCCGCGGCCCCCGUCCCCCCGCAGGGCCCAGACAUGCAGCGCUUCGACGGGCACCGGGCGCGGCGGGACGGGCUGGGCAGCCUGGGCAGCCUGGGCACCCUGCCCGCCAGCCCGCACCGCCCGCCCGAGGACGACGAGGAGUACGAGACCACGCAGGAGUACGCGCCGCCCUGCGGGGAGCCGGGCCCGCGCAGGGGGCCGGGGCCCGGGGGUCCCCACCGGCGCUGGCGCCGCUCCCGAGGGGACGGGCACGAGGCGUCGAGGGCACGAGAGCGGGAAAAGGAGCGGGAAAAAAAGGAGCGGGAAAAGAGGGAGAGGGCCCCGCUCUCCACCUCCUCCUCCUGCUCGCUCAGCAGCGCCUCCUACAGCGAGUCGGACGAAGAGCUGGUGGCCGAGUACACGCCCUUCCUCGGCGGCGCCAGAGGGGGCGCCCGAGGCGGCGGCCGCGCCGCGGACUCGCCCGCCAGGGGGCGGCCGGCGCGCGCCCGGACUCCCUGCGGCCCCGGCGGACACAACGCUCGCGAGAGCGGACACGGCCGGGCCCCGCGCGCGCGCUCCAAACGAGACUCGGCCCCCCUCUAG